ACGCGGAAGAACGCGAUGGGGAGGCAUUCGAAGCGUGGUAGCCUGGUAGGGAGGGAUCGGGGAAGGAGCGGAAACGAUGGAAGCGACGGGGGCGAGGGCGGCGGUCGAAGGGCGCCGGCGCUCGAAGAGGAGGAGAAGGAUGGUGAUGGGGGAGGAAGGAGAGAUCGAGAUCUCGUCGACGUUCUUCGAAUGCCGGAGCCGUCGUGGCGUCGUCGUCGUCGAGCCUCCGAUCGCGAGAUCCGAGGCGUACGCCGACCGCCGACGGCGUGGCUCCGGCAAUGUCUGCUGCGAGGCGCUGAGGUCAGGGGAGGUGAGGAAUUGGACGUGCCGAAGCUUUUUUUGGGAAGCAAGCGAGAAAGGGAAGAGAUAACAGAUUCGAGCAGCGACGACGAAAAUCAGGAAGCCGGCUUCGAUCUGGAACCGACGGCUGAGCGGGACUCGCAUCGGCGAUGGCCUGCGGAAGCGAUGCCGACGGAGGCGGAGCUCGAGGGUUUCUUUGCGGCGGCGGAGAGCGAGUCGCGGCGGCGAUUCGCCGAGAGGUACAACUUCGACGUCGUCAACGACGCGCCGUUCGCCGGACGCUUCGAGUGGAUUCGGUUAGCACAUGGGGACGAGUGAAAAGCCAGAGAAAAGAAAUUCAAAAGGGGCGAAAAAAAAAAAAAAAAAAGACAUGAAAUUAAUAAAGUUGAUUCUCUUUUCCAAUUUCAUUUCUCUCAAUUUUAAAGAGGUAAAAAAAAUGUCCUCAUCUUAAAGUUAUUUUUUUUAUUAUAAAAUAAAAUAGUGAAAUAUAAAGCUAAUAAAUGCUUAACAUAAUAACAUUUAGCAAAUUUUUUUAUUUAAAUUUUGGUGCAAGUAAGAGAAGGAUAAAAGUUGAUGUACAUUAAUUUAUCUUAAAAGUCGUUCGAAUUUUUAAUACAAUGCUUUUUUGAGUGUGUGGGAAAAGGAGUCUGAAAUG